AUGGGCAGUGUUUGGGCUGCCCGCGUCAGUGACGAGGCAGUGGGCUCCAGGCAGCGAGGUCGCUGGGUGGCCGUGAAAGCGAUCCCGAUCCUGCUGCCCGAGUCGCGCGAAGCGGCCGCACUCCACCAAGGUUUGCGGGAGUGCUUGUCCACUUUCCAGGACCUCAGCUCUGCGCAUGUCGUGCGGUACGAAACCUAUUGGCUGGAGGAGCCAGAGCAUUUGCCCGAGGACAUCCAGCAGAUCGUGGGGGGCAGGGGCCCGGCUCAAAAGCCCGUGAAGACAGAGGUGGAGGUCACCGAAGAGGAGACCUCCUGGGUGUCUUCACUGCGAUUCCGCGUCCGUCGUUCCAGCAGCGGUGGCUUGAGGCGCACUCGAAGCCACAGCGACGUCUACCCCACCCCACCUGGACUGAACAGCAGCUGCGGGUUUAUCUUCGAGGCCCCAGAGGUGGAGGACUUCGAGCUCGAGCCGGUGUCCAAUGCAGGGCCAAAGCCAGCCUGGGAGGACAGCAAGGCAACGUCCAAGAAUGUGGUGCUGUUGAUCGAAAUGGAGCUCAUGGGGCCCCCUCCUGGCGGUACGGUGUCGGAUGAGCGGCAGACGCUGACGCUUAGAUCAUGGCUGAAGCGGGACAAUCGAACGCUUUCGGAUGCCGCAGACAUCUUCGGAUCAUUGAUGCUUUCCGUGCGCCAUAUCCACCGCAAGCGCAUCGUUCACGCCGACCUGAAGCCCGACAACAUCUUCUGCGUCGCCGAGCGUGCCAAGGUCCGAGUGGUCCGCAUUGGCGACUUUGGCCUUGCAGGCGAGAACCAGCUGUUCCGACAGUUCGAUCAGUUUUCUUCUGACAUGCUGACAACCCGCAGCGGUCUCACUGGCGGUACCCCUGGCUAUGCCGCGCCGGAGAUACUGCAGUCUGUUCGACAAGGAAGGCGCGCAGCCUGUUCUGACAAAGUCGACAUCUACUCCUGUGCUGUCAUCCUCCUCGAGCUGCUGCUGCAACCUUUCCGGACGCACAUGGAGCGCAUCGUUACCUUCGACAAGUUCAACCAUGAUCAGGUAGUGCCGGGAUACAUCACCAGCCGACUCCCAAAGACGCGAGCCUUGCUCGGGGAGAUGGCAGAGAACGACCCGGCAGACAGGUUGUCUGCAGAGGAGGUGUGCAAACGCUUCGACAAAGAGGUGCGCAAGGAGCUUUGCCGCUGUGCUGCGCAGCUUUGCGGCGAGCUUUGCGAGGCGCCAAAGCCCUCCGGUGGCAACGGACUGGACGCUGGCAGAGCAGCCGAUUCUGCGAGGUCUGCCGAGGGCAACGGCCGACGACCCGGCGGACGCCGCGGUCGCCGAAAGAACUGA